AUGGAGGCUGUGCCGGGCCGCCGGCAGCGUCAGCAGAUGCGGGGUGACAGGGACGGAGCGGGCCGCCGCCGCCGCCACCGUGACGAAAACCCCAGUCAAAUACAAACCCAGUGUAGCAACUGGCCCGGGGGCAACAGGGCGGCGGCGGCGGGGGGGGGGGACACACUGGCCCGGGGGCAACAGGGCGGCGGCGGGGGGGGGGACACACUGGCCCGGGGGCAACAGGGCGGCGGGGGGGGGGGACACACUGGCCCGGGGGCAACAGGGCGGCGGCGGCGGCGGCGGGGGGGGGGGACACACUGGCCCGGGGGCAACAGGGCGGCGGCGGCGGCGGGGGGGGGGGGACACACUGGCCCGGGGGCAACAGUGCGGCGGCGGGGGGGGGGGCAACAGUGCGGCGGCGGGGGGGGGGACACUGGCCCGGGGGGCAACAGUGCGGCGGGGGGGGGACGACACACUGGCCCGGGGGCAACAGUGCGGCGGGGGGGGACACACUGGCCCGGGGGCAACAGUGCGGCGGGGGGGGGAACACACUGGCCCGGGGGCAACAGGGCGGCGGGGGGGGGGGACACACUGGCCCGGGGGCAACAGGGCGGCGGGGGGGGGAACACACUGGCCCGGGGGCAACAGUGCGGCGGGGGGGGGGGGACACACUGGCCCGGGGGCAACAGGGCGGCGGGGGGGGGGGACACACUGGCCCGGGGGCAACAGUGCGGCGGCGGCGGGGGGACGACACACUACACGAGCCCGGGAGCAACAGCCGCGGUUCCCGGGUUUACCAAGGGGGAAAAUAUGUACUUUUUAAGAAGUUGUCCGAUCUGA